AUGGCUGGAAUCUUUGAAGCCCCGCGGAAUGCGGACACUCUCUUCCUGGGAGGCCAGAAAAUCACAGGAGCCGAUGUUCGAGACCAGUGCGUUCUGGCGACACAAGCGAUUGCAAAUGUGGUCAAGAGUUCGUUUGGCCCCUCGGGCUUGGACAAGAUGAUGGUCGACGAUAUUGGUGAUGUAACGGUUACAAAUGAUGGAGCUACUAUCUUGGGUCUGUUAGAUAUUGAACACCCUGCUGGUAAAAUUCUUGUGGACUUGGCCCAGCAACAGGAUAGGGAGGUCGGAGAUGGAACUACUUCCGUUGUCCUCAUCGCCGCAGAACUCCUCCGCCGAGCUAAUGAAUUGAUGAAGAACCGCAUUCACCCCACAACCAUCAUCAAUGGAUACAGGCUUGCACUUCGGGAGGCCGUGAAAUAUAUGAAUGAGAACAUUGCCACGAAGGUUGACUACCUUGGAAAAGAUAGCUUGGUUAGCAUUGCCAAAACGUCCAUGUCUAGCAAGAUCAUUGGUGCCGAUUCCGAUUUCUUUGCGAACUUGGUCGUCGAUGCGAUGCUGUUGGUGAAGACUACAAACCAGAAAAACGAGGUCAAAUACCCAGUCAAGGCAGUGAACCUUCUAAAAGCCCACGGAAAGAGUGGAACAGAGUCAGUUCUUGUCAACGGCUAUGCUCUCAACUGUACCGUUGCUUCCCAGGCUAUGAAGACUCGGAUAACGGACGCAAAGAUUGCCUGUCUCGAUAUGAACCUACAGAAGGAGAGAAUGAAGCUCGGCGUUCAGAUCACAGUCGAAGAUCCCGAUCAGCUAGAGAAGAUUCGUGAGAGGGAAUCCGGAAUUGUCAUCGAACGCGUAGAGAAGAUUCUCAAGUCCGGAGCUAACGUCGUUUUUACCACCAAGGGUAUUGACGAUAUGGUUCUCAAGCUCUUUGUUGAGAAGGGUGCUAUGGCCGUCCGACGAUGCAAGAAGGAAGACCUACGACGAAUUGCCAAGGCUACCGGCGCUACUUUGGUGAGCUCACUCUCCGACCUGAACGGCGAUGAGAAAUUUGAGGCCUCGUCCCUGGGUCAUGCAGACGAGGUUGUGCAGGACCGGAUAUCCGACGAUGAGUGUAUCCUCGUUAAGGGUACAAAGGUCCACACUUCAGCGUCCAUCAUCUUGCGAGGAGCCAAUGAAUUCAGUCUGGAUGAGAUGGAGCGUUCAGUUCACGAUUCUCUCUGCGCGGUCAAGCGAACCUUGGAGAGCGGUAGCAUCGUUCCAGGAGGUGGUGCCGUCGAGACGGCCCUUCACAUGUAUCUCGAAGAGUUUGCCGUCACAGUGGGCUCCCGUGAGCAACUGGCCAUUGGAGAAUUCGCCCAAUCUCUCCUCGUUGUUCCCAAGACCCUAGCCGUGAACGCAGCGAAAGACUCUUCCGAGCUCGUUGCUCAACUCCGCAAGAGACACGCCGUAUCCCAGCGCGUCCAGGAAGGAGAGGCUAACGAGAAAGAGAAGGCCGUUGCUAAGAAGAAGGAGUACCGUAACUACGGUCUCGACUUGGCAAAGGGCCGUGUUCAUGACUGCCUCAAGGCUGGUGUUUUGGAGCCUAGCAUGGGUAAGCUCAAGCAGCUCAAGAGUGCUGUCGAGGCCUGUAUUGCCAUCAUGCGCAUUGAUACUAUCAUCAAACUGGACCCGGAACGCAAGGAGGAUGAUGGACAUGGUCACUAA